UUCCGGGGAUACGACAACUUCCGUCCUCCUUAAAAAUAAAUUGUCAUGAAAAUUGCAAAAGUGCACAGAAAGUCAUUGCCCUGUAACCUAUCAGAUAUUGAGUAGUUAUUUCCCUUAGUAGCAAAUAUUGUAAACAAAUUACAGUUAAACAGUAUAUCCUUCAACGAUGGCAGAUAAAAUGUCAGGUGUUCUGGCAUCAGCAGGCUCAGUUCUAACUCGAGCUGUGGAGCUUGACAAAACUUGCCGCUACAUGGAGGCUGUUGUCUGCUACCAGGAGGGGUUGCAGCUGAUGAUGGAUGUUCUGAAAAUUGCUCCUGCUGAUAGAAAAGAAGGGUACAGAGCAAAGAUAAAGGAGUACAUGGCCAGAGCAGAGGAACUCAAGAAAAAGGUGGAGGAAGAAAAAGAAGCUGGAAAGUACCAUGAGCAGCUUCGUAUUGAAAACAACUCAACAGGCCACAGCUAUGAGCGGCUGUUUGGACGGUUCCUAGAUGAGCAGUUGACGUUAGUGACAGUGGAGGACCCCUACAUAAGAUCUACACAUCAGUUGUACAAUCUCCUGCGUUUCUGUGAGAUGGUGGUGAAGUCCCAGGCCAAGGUGAAAACCAUUAAGCUGAUCACAGGACAAGAUGAUCAUCCAGAUCAGAUAAGCAUGCAGACAAAACGGCUACAAGAGCUAGCAGCCAGUCUUUUGUCCUACAAUGUAACCCUCGAAUGGGAGUUCUCCAACACACUGCAUGAUAGAGAAAUCAGGUUCAACAACGGCUGGAUCAUCAAGAUAGGCCGGGGUCUGGACAUGUACAAGGCCACUCAGGGGAAGUUUGUAAUCGGCUUCUGCGACUUUGAUCUCCGCAAGUGCCACGAAACCACCAUUGACAUUUUCCACCAAAAGCACCUCAAUACCGCACACAGUGUAUCAUCUUAGCAUACAUUAAUUGAUUAUAUCUGAUUUACAUGGUAAAUUGGUUGCUAGUGUCUGCGGUGCCUUCAUUUUAAAAGGAUGGCGGAACUGCAUACACAAUCAUAUGCUCUUUUUAUGCCUCCGUAGGGCGGCAUAUUGGUUCCAUCUGUCUGUUCAUCUAUUUGUACAUCCGUCCCCAUGAUAUCUGACCAAUAACUGGAGAACGCUUUGGCCAAGUAGCUGACCCCUACCAAUUUUGAGGUGACCUUGAGAUGAAUUACUGUUUCUGAUUUAUAACUGAGGUACGCAUGGACACAGGAAUCUCAAACUUGGUAUAUAGGCUGGUCAUGACAAGCAUAUAGCCCAUAUGAAGUCAGUAGGUGAAAUGUUAAGGUUGCGAUGACCUUGUUACAUAUUAAUAUAAAUUCACAAAAUUCAUCUCUUCAAGGCUUUUAUUAAGGUAAAUGGGAUUUUAAUCAAACCUUUCAGUUAACAUAUAUGUAAGUCCCAAUCGGGGGCAUUUGUCAUGUUCUGUAACAGCUCUUGUUUGUUAUCUGCAAUCUCCUUUGUUUUUUUUUUGAUAAUUAUAUAUUUAAAAGUAAUUUUUAGAACUGACAUUGUAUCAAUUUAUUUAUGUUUAAAUAUCUUUCACAAGUAAAAAUCGGUGCUCAGAAGUGAAAUUGGUGUCCAUUUCAGCAUACUUUCACUAUGUAAAUUUUCUGUGAUACAUAUUUUAAUUCUAAUUAAUAAAAAUAAAUAAAUAACUAUU